AUGUCUAAAAAAGUCAUCGAGCCAUAUCUUUCUCUCAUGGCCACGCCAGAGGAAGAAUGUAUGUUGACUCCACCUCAACGUGUCAACUUUUGCUCACAAAUCAAAGUCGCAGAAGACUAUGACGAUUUGAUUUUCAUCGGCGCCUACGACAUCCAAAUAGAAUCUCACAUAGAGAACAAGAAAACAAGCGACGUCUCUUUCCGGAUAAAAUUCAAGUUCAGCUCAACCGACACCUGGUCUCGCGGCUGGGCCGAAGAAAUCGAUCUUCACAAAUACUAUCAGGACAUCGUCCUCAACUACUGGCGCAGCAUCGGCGGGCGGUGCGAAGCCACGGGGUUCAAGAUGUACAAAAUACUCAGAAUCAUAGCGGAGGAGAAGAACAAGUAUCGCGUGCAGUGGGUUGGCUAUAAUGCGGAGGAGGAUACAAAUCUGGAGCCCAAGAAGAAGGUCUGGAGCAUCGCGCCUAAAGCCGUGCUUGCGUGGAAGACUCGCGUGGUGGAAUAG